AUGGUAUAUGGUUCCGCCCGUUCAUCUGUUCUGAGGCGUCUAGAUCCAGUCCACCAUUCAGCUUUGCGUAUCUGUUCUGGUGCAUUUCGUACCUCUCCGGUUGAAAGCCUCUAUGUCAUAUGUCAUCAGCUACCCCUUUGCUUAAGGAGGCAGAAAUUAUCUGCUCAGUUUUAUUUCAGAACUAAAUCUGUUUCAAAACACCCCUUAAGCAAUAUGGCACUACCAGUAGGUCUGCGUCGAUUGUAUAAUGCCCGUCCUUCGCACAUACUUCCCUUUUAUGAUAGAGUCAAAUUGCUGCUGCAUGACUCGGAUCUCAAAGACGUUCAUAUUAAAGCAGUUGAUUCCUUUUGCUUCCCUCCCUGGGAUAUCCCGCGUUUUUCCUUUUUGAACCCCUUUACAGGAUUCGAUAAAUCUUUAACUGCACAUGUUGUUUUUCAGCAGCUGUUUUUAUAUCACCGCCAUCAGUAUUCAUCUUUUGUACCUAUUUUCACGGACGGCUCGAAAACAGAUGGACAUGUUGGAUGUGGCAUUGUGUUUCCAUCUGAGACAUUGAGUCACCGUCUUCAUAAUUGUUGUUCCGUUUAUACUGCUGAGUUAAUGGCAAUUUUCUGUGCUCUUCAGAAAAUUUCGGCUGCUACUCAGCAUAAUAUCAUUAUUUAUUCUGAUAGCAUGAGUGCUCUGAAAGCACUUUCUAAUUAUCACAACAGAAUGAAUCCAAUUGCUAUUCGAAUUUUGUUUAUGUUGCGUGUAUUAGAACAAGCUGGUCUAAGCAUCUUAUUUUGUUGGGUUCCUAGUCACGUGGGCAUUUUAGGGAAUGAGAAAGCAGAUUCAGCUGCAAAAUCUGCUUCGACAUUUAUGAUCAAAGGACUUCCGUUUUGCGACGUUAAACUGUCUCUUAACUGCAGCAUUUUAUCUACCUGGCAAAAGUCAUGGGAUCUGCAGAUCCAUAAUAAAUUACAUUUCAUCUAA